UAGUAAUUUCUUCAAUGUUGAUGUCUAAUGAGGUUGAUAAAGAAUUGCUAAAACCUCAUUCUAACAAACAGAUAUAUAUGCUUUGGUGAAAAUAUAACCCAUUGAUUUACUGUUUAGAUUUGAAAACGAAUAUCAAAUGACAUUGGCAUUAAAGAAUUGACUAUCAACUGUUAAAGACUAAAGAAAGAUAUAUAGAACAGAUGUAAUUCUGUCUCUAUAGAUUUAUUAUUGAGUUAAUGUGAAAUAUUAGCAAUCAUUCUCUGCUUCAUUAUCUGGAAUGUGCAUGAUAUUGUAUCCUACUUAAACCUGGUCAAUUUUACAAAGGACUGUGCAACCCUUUCCAGAUAAUAGUUGAUGGCAGUAUUGUGGCAGAAAUGUUUUGAAUAACUAGGAAUAUAUAACUACAAAACAAAGGAAGAUAUCCAUAUACUGCGGUCAGAGAAAGUAAAGCUAUAGAAGAAUGAAUUAUGUGAUGAAUUUAAAUGAUUGUUUUUUUCCUGGAGAGUUACAAAAAAAAUCAUAUCAGUGCAGCAUCUGUAAAAAGUCAUUCUCCAAAAAGGGUGUCUUAACUACACAUAAAUGUGUUCAUGCAGGAGAGAAAGCCUAUCAUUGUAAUAUCUGUGACAAAGUAUUCCCUAAAGAAAGUGCCUUAACAACUCACAUUCGCAUCCAUACCGGAGAAAAGCCAUUUCACUGUGAUAUCUGCGGUAAAUCAUUCUCUGUAAGAGGUCACUUAACCAAUCACAUACGUAUUCACACAGGGGAAAAACCAUAUCAUUGUGAUCUCUGUAGUAAAUCAUUCUCUCAAAAGGAUCGCUUAACUAGUCAUAGACGUAUUCAUACAGGUGAGAAACCAUAUCAUUGUAAUAUCUGUAAUGAAUCUUUCUCCGAAGGAAGUAAAUUAAAAAUACACACAUACAUUCAUACAGGAGAGAAACCAUAUCACUGUGAUGUAUGUGGUAAAUCGUUCUCUAUAAAAAGUCACUUAACCACUCACAUACGUACUCAUACAGGGGAAAGACCAUAUCACUGUGAUAUUUGUGGUAAAUCAUUCUCUCGAGGUGAUCGCUUAACUAGCCACAAACGUAUUCAUACAGGUGAGAAACCAUAUCAAUGUAAUAUUUGUGGUGAAUCAUUCUCUGAAGGAAAUAAGUUGACCAAACACAAAUAUAUUCAUACAGGAGUGAAACCAUAUCACUGUGAUAUCUGUGGUAAAUCAUUCUCUGAAGCUGGUAAUUUAACUAAACAUAAACGUAUUCAUACUGGUGAGAAGUUAUUUCACUGUGAUAUUUGUGGAAAGUCGUUCUUUCAGAGAGUUCAUUUAACUGGUCACAAACGUAUUCAUACAGGAGAGAAGCCAUAUCACUGUGAUAUCUGUGGUAAAUCUUUUACUGAAGGAAGUGCUUUAACUCAGCACAAGCGUAUUCAUACAGGAGAAAAACCAUAUCACUGUGAUAUUUGUGGCAAAUCAUUUUCACAGACAAGUGGAUUAAAGAUGCACAACAGACGUUUUCAUACAGCAGAAAGACCAUUUUCCUGUGAUAUCUGUGGUAAAUCAUACUCUGAUCAAAACACUUUAAAUAAACAUAGAAAUAUUCAUACUGGUGAGAGACCAUAUCGGUGUGAUAUCUGUGGUAAAUCAUUUUUUCAUGGUAAUGCUUUAACUGAACACAUACGUAUACACACAGGUGAAAAACCAUAUCACUGUGAAAUCUGCGGUAAAUUGUUCUCUGCAAGAAGUAAGUUCACUGAACAUAGUCAUAUACAUACAGGAGAGAAGUUACAUCAUUGUGAUAUCUGUGGUAAAUCAUUCUCGCAGUUAACUCGUUUAACUACUCACAAACGCACCCAUACUGGAGAAAAACCAUAUCAUUGUGAUGUCUGUGGUAAGUCAUUCUCUCAAACUGCUCAUUUAACUAUUCACAGACGUAUUCAUACAGGAGAGAAACCUUAUCAGUGCGAUAUCUGUGGUAAAUCAUUCUUCCAAAAUAGUGAUGUGACUAAGCACAAACGCAUUCAUACAGGCGAAAAACCAUACCACUGUAAUAUCUGUGGUAAAUCUUUUUCUGGAAGUAGUUCCUUAACCACUCAUAAAUACAUUCAUACAGGGCAGAAACCAUAUCAUUGCAAUAUCUGUGGUAAAUCAUUUUCUCAAAAUAGUGAUUUGACUAAGCACAAACGUACUCAUUCUGGAGAAAAUCCAUAUCAAAAUUAUAUGUGUGGUGAAUCAUUUGCUGUGACUAAUCAUUCAUCUUAGAAACACAGGUUCUACAAACUAGCCUGGAAAUGAACAGAAGUCAGAUGGUGUACUGCAUUAUGUAUGCUUUCAAAAAGAGUUGGUGACAGGAAGAGCAGUCAAUUAUUAAUAAUCAAUCUAAAAAAAAUGGAGCAUAGAAAUGAAAUACUGUUCUUGAUUCAUCUAAGACAUUUUAUGGAAUAAAGCCUAAUUAUAACGUACUUU